AUGGGUGUGGAGCCGUGCUUGUUUGCUGGGGAUUUCAAUGUAAUUCGGUCGGAUAUUGAAAGGUGUGGUGGGCGUCCGCGGAAUAGAGUUGCAAUUGAUGAGUUUAAUAGAUGGAUUCAUCAGGGUGGGCUGAUGGAAAUGAAUUCACAAGGUGGUAAGUUUACAUGGUGUAAUGGUCAGCAAGGUUUAUCUAGAGCUUGGGCAAAGUUGGAUCGAGUUUUACUUGAUGCAAAUUUUCUGUCUCUUUUUCCGACUGCUCAUUGUUUGUAUCUUCCUAGGACUACGUCGGACCAUUGUCCUAUGGUUAUAGAAUUUUUAAGUGAUCCUUUCUCUUAUGGUCCCCCUCCAUUUCGUUUUCAGCAAAUGUGGAUUGAGCAUCCGGAUUUUAUGAAUUUUGAUCAAAAUGUUUGGUCUGAAUCGGUCAUAGGUUCGGGGCUUUUUAAAUUAGCUAGCAAACUUAAAAAGCUUAAGGUGGCGUUGCGUGUAUGGAACAAGAGUGUAUUUGGGAGAACUAAUAAUCAGAUCGCUAUUCUUGAAGAUAAGGUUGAGAGUCUGGAAAAUUUGUUGCAGAGAGAUUGGGAUGAUGAUAUUGAAAGGGAGUUAGUGAGGUGUUCUAAUGAGUUGUCUUCUUGGAGGCUUAGGGAGGAUAUUAGAUUGGCGCAGAUGGCUAAAAUUAAGUGGAGAAUGGAUGAAGAGAAACUUGCAGUGAUUCAGAAAAUGUUAAGCAAAUAUCUUGCCAAAGAUCAAAAGAACACAACAGUUGGCUAG